AUGAAAUAUUCGUGUUCAAGUUGUCAUGAUUUGGAAACAGACAUAGAAAAACAACCCAAACAUGGUCAGCAGCUUGGACAUGAUUUUAAUAGACCAGGAGUUUUUAUUGGUCAAGUUGUAUCUACUGAACCCAUGAGAGUGAUUAAGGAGAAUGCAAGGGAAACAAGGCUAAUGAGUAUUGUUGCACAAGAUCUGAGCAUUGCUGAUAUCGAUUUGAAUGUUGAGUCUUCCAUUAAUACUACACAACUUAACACAGAAACUGUUGUGGCCAAGCCAGAAGAUUACUACAUCCAUUUUCAAAUAAAAAACAUUGAUGAUAUUCCAGAUUACAAUGAGGAUCAAGGACGCCAAAAGAUCCCCGAUGAGUUCAAUACGAUGCUUAAUAGGAAGUUUGUUUUUAAAGUUCAGAUUUCAAAGUUUGAUCUCGAGAACAAUUAUCACGCCUACACCGUUCAUAAGAUGACUAAUGAUGAACUUGUAGUUGGUGCAGUUUUCAAACAUUCACCUGCAUACGAAGAAAACAGUAUUCAUUCUGAUGGUACUCCUAUCAACAAGUCUAUUAAGGAAAAGAGUGUUUCUGUUGAAGGUGACAAUAUUAAUGUUGUUGAUCUUGAUGCGGUGACACCGACAACUACUUCACUGAAACGCCCUAUUGAGAUUGUUACCACCACUGAAUUGUCUGAAUGGUCUUCCUCAAAAGAUGGUGUUGCUCCUCAUACCCUUAAGAUUCCAAAAAUGGAAAAACUCGAAUAA